AUGGCUUCGUUCUCGACAGAAUUCGACCCAACGCUCGAGGGCAGUCUUCCUCCGGACUUCCAUUGGGGUUUUGCGACUGCCGCUGCCCAGAUCGAGGGUGCUUGGAACAGGGAUGGCAGAGGCCCUUCGAUUUGGGAUACAUUCUGCCACAGCGGCGGAAACAUCAAGGACAACACUACCGUUGACGACGCUUGCAUGUCUUAUGACCUGAUCGAGGAGGAUGUCGCUCGGAUGAAGAGCUACGGCAUCAAUGCUUAUCGCUUCUCCCUGUCGUGGUCACGCAUCAUCCCCCUGGGCGGCAAGGAUGACCCCGUAAAUGAAGCCGGUAUUGCAUAUUACAGCAAGUUGGUUGACAGACUGUUGGAGAAUGGCAUCACUCCAUUCCUGACACUCUACCAUUGGGAUCUCCCCGAGUCUCUUUACCGAAGGUAUGGCGGCAUGCUGAAUAAGGCGCGCUACACGCUCGACUUCAUGCGCUACGCCCGAGUCUGUUUUGAGAGUUUUGGAGACCGCGUCAAGUACUGGAUCACAUACAACGAGCCAGUCCUUUCCGCGCGUGCGGGAUACGCCGAAGGCCGACACGCACCCGGUCACACAAGCGCCACGGAGGUCUGGAUUGUAGGUCACACCGAGAUCGUCUCCCACGCUCGCGUCUGCGCAAUGUAUAAGCAGGAGUUUCAGCCCACGCAGAAGGGCCACAUCAUGAUCACUCUGAGCGGGGACUGGUGCGAGCCCUGGGACCAGGACGACCCACUCGAUCUCGAGGCUACGAAGCGCGCGAUGGAUUUUGACAUAGGCUGGUUCGCAGAUCCCCUCUACGGGAAGGGCGAAUGCGACUACCCGGCUUCUAUGCGGGCGCAGCUGGGCGACCGACUGCCUUGCUUUACCGCGGAGGAGCAACGGUUGAUACGAGGGAGCUCCGAGUUCUACGGCAUGAACUCGUACACGUCGCACUUUAUCAAGCACCGCGAUGGGCCACCCGAGGAGAACGACGCCAAGGGUAAUAUCGUCAGGAUGGACACGAAUAAGGAUGGCAAGGAGCGUGGUACCGAGAGCGACACUCCGUGGCUACGCACGGCACCUUGGGGCUGGGCAAAGCUGUUACGGUGGAUCUGGGAUCGGUACCAGCUGCCUAUCUAUAUCACAGAGAACGGCACAACUGCGAAGGGCGAACUUGGCUGGCGGCCAAACAGCAAUGAUGAUAUUCUAGAGGACCCGCAUCGGAUCGACUACUACAAGUCCUAUGUCGCUGAAGUUGCAAAAGCUUCCCAGGAGGGCAUCGUGAUCAAGUCAUACCUGGCUUGGUCUCUGCUCGACAACUUCGAAUGGGCGUUGGGGUACACGGCGCGGUUUGGUGUGACCUGGGUGGACUUCGAGGAUCCUAAGCGCACACGGUAUACGAAGCGCUCGGCUCUGUUCCUGGGUGAAAUUUUCAGGCACCUGAUAGCACAGAAGAGAUAG